UGUGUGCCCAUGGGCCCCGCAGACGUGGCAGCUCCGGGUAGGGGCUGAGUUAGGGUGGCCAGCCCUCCUUUACCCAGCUGGCUGCCAGUCCCAAGGGAGCCCUGUGCCGGCCCGGACAAUGCACCAGGCUGGCCACUACUCCUGGCCUUCUCCAGCUGUGAACAGUUCAUCAGAGCAGGAGCCCCAGAGGCAGCUUCCGGAGGUGCUAAGUGGCACCUGGGAACAACCUCGAGGUGAUGGGCUGCCUGUGGUCACCGUCAUCGUCGCUGUCUUUGUUCUGCUGGCAGUCUGCAUCAUAGUGGCAGUCCAUUUUGGGCCAAGGCUGCACCAGGGCCAUGCCACUCUGCCUACAGAGCCACCGACCCCAAAGCCAGAUGGUGGCAUCUACCUCAUCCACUGGUGGGUGCUGGGCCCCCAAGACAGUCCUGAAGAAGCACCACAGGGCCCUCUUGUCCCUGGCUCCUGCCCUGCACCAGAUGGACCCAGGCCCAGCAUCGAUGAAGUCACUUAUCUGUAGGAGGGAGACUUUGGAAAGUUAGCCUGACCUAGCUCAGAACAAGAAACCGGGCAGAGAACUAGGGCAAAAGCAAAUUGGAGCCUGGGCAUCAGAGCGUUGGAAGGGCACACUGGAGUCAGCUGGAGCUGCUCUCUCAGAACAUUUAUAGAGAAAGCCCUGUGGUGGGCAAGAGUAAUCAAAGCUUGAGGGCCCUGCCCAGAAACAUGCUGCGGGGGGCCUUCCCAGGGCCCAAGGCCACCUCACAGAGUCCCUCCCUCCUCUUCAGGGACCACCAGGCCCCUGAAUCUCCUUUUCUGAGUCUCUGCCCCUUCAUUGCACCCUUAAUCUCCUUCCUUUGUAAUGUGAAUUCAACUCCACCACCUACCCCAAGCAGGAAUGUCAGAGGCCCUGUGGAGCGGCCCUCAUCCUACAAAGGCCAGCCAGGGAGAUCCCAGGUGGAGAUGCUGGGAUCUGCCUUCCCUGAGACUCACUGGGCUUAGGGAAGUGACAAAUGUCUGUUCUCCUUGGAGCAGUCAGUCAGGGGCAGUCCUUCGGCUGUUAGGACCCAGACCUUGUUGACAAGCUCCAAAGUCCUUGUAAGCCCAAGCACAAUUUAUAGUUCAAAGAUUGGCUUUCAAAGGCCCCCACUGACUCUGUCUUGCCUCCCCAGAAGGGAUAGGGGGAAUUUGGGAGCCUCUCAUUGCCUCCCACUUUCUGUGUGCCUGGGCCUGUUAGAACAAGCCUAGAAUGUACCACAGGACAUUUCCCAGGUCUUUCCGGCUGAUGAGAAAACAGGAAAGGAAAAGGAG